GGCUCAUAACUUCUCUUUCUUCACACUUUUUCUUGCAUUUCGUUGCAACUGUAACAUCACAUUUAAGCCUGCAACUACUACUACUACAGUGUAAAAAUGGAAAACGGAGAUCAGUUUCUGGAAUCCAAAUCCAAAUACGAUUGUCUUUUGUUUGAUCUGGAUGAUACUCUUUAUCCUUUUAGUUCUGGAUUAUCAGGUCAUGUGACUGAAAAUAUUCAAGAGUAUAUGCUUGAAAAGCUUGGGAUACAAAAGGAUAAAGUUCCUGAAUUGUGUGUUUCUUUAUAUAAAAUUUAUGGGACAACGAUGGCAGGUCUCAAGGCUAUUGGCUAUGAUUUUGACUAUGAUGACUUUCAUAGCUUUGUUCAUGGAAGAUUGCCAUAUAAUUUGCUAAAGCCUGAUCCUGUUCUAAGGGGAAUUUUGCUAAGCUUACCCUUUAGAAAAAUUAUAUUUACAAACGCAGACGAUGCACAUGCAAAGAGAGUGCUUCACAGGCUUGGACUAGAGGAUUGUUUUGAAAGAAUCAUAAGCUUUGAGACACUUAAUUCCUUCAAAUCAAAUAACUUCAACUCUCCUGGCGGUGAAUAUAAACAAAUUUCCACAGGAAUAUUUGAUUUUUACGAGUACAUUCGUAAUCCUGAUGCUGAUAUUGUGCUCCCAAAGACUCCGGUUGUCUGUAAACCCUUUCAAGAUUCGUUUGAAAAGGUUUUUGAGAUGGUAGAUAUUGACCCUCAAAGAACAUUGUUCUUUGAUGACAGUAUCCGCAAUAUUGAGACAGGAAAAUCCUUGGGCCUUCACACAGUCUUGGUUGGAACUUCCCAUAGAACUAAAGGAGUGGAUUAUGCAUUGGAGAGCAUCCAUAAUAUGAAGGAGGCAUUUCCAGAACUGUGGGAAGUUGAUGAGAGGAGUAAAAAUGUCAAGUAUUCUAGAAAGGUUUCAAUUGAAACAUCAGUUAAAGCUUAACUUAUUAUAUGCAUCAUCCUUUUGAAUUUGUGGUGCCUAAUAUUGUUCUGGCAUCUAAAUUUGACUAAUGUACUUGUUAUCAGAAUACUUAUAUGUUAUUUAUAUAAAUAAAUGAGUUUUGUUUAUCAGCCAAGCUUUUAUUUUUGU